AUGGUAGAAAUACGAGAGGCUUUACUCCAAGUUGCUGAUGUUGAUAGUGAUUCCUUAGUAAGAAGUGAAGCUAAAUCUUUUUUAACAAAUGAACUUGGUGAUUUUGAAUUUUUGUUGGAUAUAGUAAUAUGGUUCCAUAUAUUGUAUCGUAUUAAUUUUGUUAGCAAGUACUUGCAAUCCAAAGACAUGCUUAUUGAUGUUGCUUACGAAAAAAUUGAGGAAUUGGUUUCUUUUUUUGAGAAAUAUAGAGAAAGUGAUUUUAAUGAUGCCUUGGAUUCUGCUAAGGAAAUUGCUAUUAAAAUGGAUAUAGAUCCCCUUUUUCCUAAGAGACGUGAAAUCCCUGUUGUUUCUCUUAAAAGUAGGUUUGAGCAAUUUCAAGAGUAUGGGAAAAUAUUUGGUUUCUUGUUUAAUUUUGACAGGUUAAGUUCUUUAGUUGAUAUGAGUUUGAAGUCUUCAUGUAGUCGUCUUGAAAAUUCUCUUAAGCAUAAUGGACAUUCGGAUAUUAAUGGAGAUGAGUUGUAUGUGGAGUUAAAACUAAGAAGAGAGUUGUAUGUUAAUGAAAAACUAGGACCCAUUGAAAUUUUGAAAGAUUUGGAAUUGUUUGAUUGUUAUCCUAAUGCAGUUAUUGCAUAUAGAAUUUUAUUAACUAUUCCUGUUACUGUUGCAUCUGCAGAAAGAAGUUUUUCCAAGUUGAAAUUGUUGAAGUUCUACUUAUGCUCUACAAUGUCACAAGAACGACUUAACGGAUUAGCAAUGAUAUCUAUUGAAAAUGAUCUUUUGGAUAAAGUAGAUUAUGAAGAGUUGAUUGAUGAAUUUGCAUCAAAGAAUGCUAGAAGAACAUCUGUUUUUAAAUAA